AUUGUGAAAUUUAUUUUAUUUUUGAUGAGUGUUCUAUUUGUAGUCAGUUUUGUAGGAUUUUCUUGUAAGCCGUCACCUAUUUAUGGUGGGUUAGGCUUGAUCAUUGGAGGAGGGGUUGGGUGUGGGGUUGUACUAUAUUUUGGUGGGGCAUUUUUGGGGUUAAUAGUGUUUUUGGUUUAUUUGGGUGGUAUACUGGUGGUUUUUGGUUAUACUACAGCUAUAGCUACUGAAGAGUUUCCUGAGAUUUGGAUGUCGAGUAUGACUGUUAUAGGUUCAUUAUGUCUAGGUCUAUUAGCUGAGGGUUUGAUCGUGGUUUAUUUAAAAGGGAGUGAUGAAAAAUAUGGGGGUGCAGAGAGUUUAGUAAUAUUUAGUGGAGAGGAGGUUGGUUUUAUUCGGGAAGAUUAUCUAGCAGGUUCAAUUUUAUAUAGUGGGGGAAAUUGAAUGCUAUUAUUAUCGGGGUGAUGUCUAUUUGUUAGUGUUUUUAUUGUGAUAGAAAUUACUCGGGGGCGUUAA